AUGUCUAUCACUGCAGCAUGCCGCCUGGCUAAACUCCGCCCGGCGUCAACGCUUGAUAUUCGCGAUAUCCAACUCAUCCUCGAACGUAACUAUAACAUGCGCAUUCCAGGGUUCUCAUCAGAUGACCUGCGUACGGUGAAGAAGCCGCACCCUACACAGGGCUGGACUCAAAAGAUGUCGGCUAUUCAGGCUGCGAAGGUUACGCAGGGGAGGGCUGAAUAA